UGUCCUCAGCCAGCCAUUCACAUCUCAUCCCAAAGUCCUUGAGGGAGUAUAUAAAUAGCGGAGCUAUUCCCGUACCUCACGAAAGCUGCCAUGGUACACCCUAGCUGCAACCAUAAACGCGACCCAGAGAAGAUGUGACGCGUUGCCUUGGCUUGUACGCGCAUCCAACUGAUAUACUCCACAAGCAAGCACACUCCCCUACCUUGCUCUCGGCCCGGCCGUCUCUCACCCCCUCGCGCCCCUCCACCUGCGGCACCGCCGGACGGCCGCGUGAACGAUGGCAAGUGAAGCUCUCAUGGAGGUGGAGCCGCCGCCAUCCCCGCUGCCCGCCGGCGCCGUCUGCUGCAUGUGCGGCGACCGCGGCCUGCCGCACGAGCUUCUCCGAUGCAAGCUCUGCCGCGUCCGGAUGCAGCACAGAUACUGCAGCGAUCUCUACCCGAGGGCGACGGCGUACCGGCGGUGCAACUGGUGCCUGAGGGAGCCAGCCCAAGGCGGAGGAGGACAGACACUCGCGCGCCCGGUGGCUAGCAGGAUCACUGAUAAUAAACGGAAGGCCGCGGCAUCAACGGACGCGUCGACCUCCGAGGAGGAGGAGGAGGAGAAGCGUCGGCAGAGUCACGAGGCCGGAUGCGCCACUAGGAGAUCGAGACCACCGGCGGAUGUCGGCCUCCCGGUCAAGAAGCACAAGGCCGGCGACAGGACAGCGCUGCCGCCGUCCCCGGGCGCGUCCAAGGUGAGCAGCGGCAACAAUAGGCAGAAGACUGGCGAGAGGGCAGCGCUACCGCCGUCCCCGGGCGCAUACAACGGGACGAACGGUAACAGUAAGCAGAAGGGCGACGAGAGGGCAACGCUGCCGCCGUCGCCAGGAGCGUCGAAGGGUAGCAACGGAAACAAGAAGCAGAAGACCGAUGAGAUGGCGGCGGCGCCGACGUCCCCGAGCGCGUCGAACAGGACCAACGGAAACAGUAAGCACAAGGCCGGUGACAGGGCAGCGCUGCCGCCGUCGCCGGGCACAACGGCGAAGGGUAACAACGGCAACGAUAAGCACAAGGCCGACGAGAGGGCAGCGCUUCCGCCGUCGCCGGGCGCAACGGCGAAGAGUAACAACGGCAACGAUAAGCACAAGGCCGACGACAGGGCAACGCUGCCGCCGUCGCCGGGCGCAACGGCGAAGGGGAACGUCAACAAGAAGUCGAUGCAGGCUGGGAAGUUGACGCGGGCGGGUAGGGUCAAGGUGAGGAGGUACAAGCUCCUUGCCGAGGUGAUUAGCUGCUAGGAUUAACACGGAAUAAAAAUGGCUGCUACUAGCCAAGUAGGAAGUAGCUAGCCUCGAUCGGCAUUGGUGUCGAUGUCUGUACAUAGAUCGUGUAUCCGCCGUGUACGGUGCGUGCUGUACAAAUCUGAGAGUUUUCAGUCAAUUUAGCCGUUCCACUA